AUGACCGCAUCUUCCUUCGUCCUUGAUGAUUCCCCUGAUAACUCCUUUGAUGACGUGUGCGACGCCACGCUGGAUACAUCAGAAUACGACUCUGUCGUGUCUCCGAAACCAUGGGGCAUUUCGUAUCUCCCUGGGUUCAGCAACUUGGACUUUGAUGCAGCAUCGCCCUCUUCCUUCUCCGCACAAGGUGCGCUCGUCGCAGGGCCAUCCCUCAAACAUGAAUAUUCUUCUUCAUCGUUGUGGCCCCUGGUAUACCAGGAUUGCUUGAUGUCACUUUUUAGCUUCCCGCCGAUGUCCAGUUCACCUGGGGAGAGGGAGGAACACACAACAAAGACUGAGUCUUUGGAUCGUGCUGUGCGAUCCCUAUCGCCGCAGAGAUUCUGCGAGGUGAUUCCAACGCAGACCACUGCACUAAGCGAAGAACGUUAUCAGGCAGAUUCUUACUUCGCGGAUUCUCCAGCGGAAUCCACACUUGCAUUUCAACCCGCUCUCACCUCUGAUCCUACACUUACCUCCCCUUCUGCAUUCACCUGGGGCGCGGCCCCUCCCUCCGAUCCUUCCAUCUUUGCCUCCUGGUCCCCUUCCGUCUUACCCUUUCCUCUUAACUUCGGCUCUCCUCGCGGCGUUAAUUGCGCCUCGUUGUCAGCACAUGUGACAUCACCGUCACCUCGGAGCGCUACUUUUCACGACACGAGACGGCGCAACAAACUAUGCAAGAAGAGACCGCUUCCACCGGCCCCCGGUUCAUCCCGGUGCACUUUCUGUGGUUUGAAGAUGGCACGCUCGUGUGACUUGAGGCGACAUAUGAGAAGCCAUUCUGACGCGAAGGUGAUUUGCGGGGGGGUUCCACUAGCAGAGGCGCUGAGCGCGGGUAUCGACGUCAAGCGCGCGCAUCAGUUUGAGUUCGAGAGCGUCGUGUAUUACGGCGGCUGUAUGCGUAUGUUCUCAAGGUCAGAUACGCUCUUGCGGCAUCUGAAGGGGUCUGAAAAGAAUCGUGGGGCGAUGCGGUGUCAUGCUCACAAGGACACCCCAUACAACCUCGCCGCGCGCGCACGCUCGCCGUCGUGGAGCACGAGCAGCUGUGAGGGAUAA